GUAGUUCCGAAGCCCGUUCCGAGGACCCUCCUUUUUACAAUAAGCCCGCUCCAAGGCCCCCGUUUUUUGUCUCGCCCGCGGCACACCCCUACCACUUUUUUGGUCGAGUGCCCCCCCCCCCCCCGGGGUAAUACCGAGAGUAAUUCAAUUCACGUUUCUCAUUCGGGACAGGUGCCUGAAUGGGAUGACGGCACAUAUAUCUUUGUCUUUGCGCAAAUAAAUAAAAAAUAAUUUCUCGAGCGGCGUUUCAUAAACGACACGCGAUUCUUUUCGCGAAUACGGAAACAAUCCUCCCGGUGAGUCUCAAUGAUAUCCUUUCGAAUUCAGCUUUUGUAAAACCAUUCAAAGUUCUACGUAGCUAUAGACAAGUUUAGUUAUAAGUGCUUGAUAAUGUGUGCAUAUUUGGAUGAUCAUUCUUCGCAUUUCGAUGAUGGGCUUUUGAAUGUGGUGAAGGUAGAAGUUGAAUCUUCGGAUGAGCUUGGGCUUGAUGAGAGAGACGACCGCUCUGCCUCGACCGGCGGGGAAGGUUCGGCGGAGGAGGACUACGAAACCCGCUACCCGGAGGGCGACGUAACAGCUGGCGAACUUGGACUCGACGAUAAUCAUGAUAGUGGUGUUCCAACAUGGAUGCUUAAAAGAGGAUUGAAUGAAGACAAGAAUGACAUGGAGACUCGAAUUUAUAACAAGAAAGAACUUCAAUGUAUGGUAGAAAAUGUCAAUGACUCUCGUGUCUCGUUUGAACCAUUCACCAAUAAGAAAAUUCCUGUUUUUGACAGGUUUGUCCAAAUCUUUGUUGAUGGUAAAAAACAGCAAUAUACAGCAUGUGUCGAGUGCCGCACCCUUAUUAAAUAUUUAUCACGUGAUGGCACUCGAGGCUUACACCAGCACAGUUGCCCUCACAACAGAUUACAUAGAGCAAAGGCAAAAAAGGAUGAUAAUAUUAAUAAAGGUGUAAUGUCGGAGCCGGAGGUACAUGAGGAGAAGUCAACAAAAAAUGACAGUAGACCUAUCUGUACUUCCAUCUCAAACCACGACAGCCAUGCUCCACGCGAUGGUAUACGAACCAGAUACUCAUCUAGUGCUUCCAACAACAAUCCAUUGAUGAUACCUUCAAACUCAAAGUCUUCAAAGACAAAGAGGGCACCUAUUGAUGACAUGGCUCAAAGCCUUGGACCAAGAGUGAAGAACAGAGUCCGAUCAGCAUCUCCUUCUCCCACAAUGCCAAUGGCCAAGAAAAGGCGACUUAAGACUUCUGCAAACAAUUAUUUCUUUGGCUUUGAAGAAGGGAUGAGUUCGCCAGUUAUACCACCUCCGAAGCAUGUCCUUCAUAGCACCUUCCAUCAUGAAGUAUUACGAUCAUGGCAGAAUAUCGAUACCACCAUUACACCAGAUAAUCUAGUGUACCCUCUCUUUAUCAUAGAUAACCCAGAUCAGGUAGAGCCUGUUGCUAGUCUCCCGGGAGUAAGUAGAUACGGUGUGAAUACCUUACAGGCAGCGCUUACUCCACUAGUAGCAAAUGGACUCAAAUCAGUUUUGCUUUUCGGCGUGCCAACCGGAUUGCCCAAGGAUCCAAGAGGGUCAAGUGCAGACACAGAAGACACUCCGGUUGUUCAAGCCAUUCAAAUGAUAUCUGAGAAAUUCCCUCAACUUCUAAUCUGUUGUGAUGUGUGUUUAUGUGCCUAUACUAGCCAUGGUCACUGUGGUAUUCUUAAUGAAGAUGGUACCUUAGACAAUACUGCAAGCAUUCAGAGGUUGGCUGAGGUUUCCCUGACGUAUGCCCAGGCAGGUUGUCAUGUUAUAGCGCCCUCAGAUAUGAUGGAUGGUAGGAUAGGCGCCAUCAAGAAUAUACUCAUGAUCAAUGGCUUGGGUAACAAAGUAUCGGUGAUGAGCUACAGUGCAAAGUUUGCAUCUUGUUUCUAUGGUCCAUUCCGUGAUGCGGCUAAGUCAGCCCCUAGCUCAGGAGACAGAAGAUGUUAUCAGCUUCCCCCAGGGGCCAGAGGACUUGCUAUGAGAGCUGUGGAUCGUGAUGUAGCAGAAGGAGCCGAUUAUUUGAUGGUGAAACCGGGCAUGCCUUAUCUUGAUAUUGUAAGGGAUACAAAGGAAAAGCAUCCGCAUCUGAAGCUUGCCAUAUACCAUGUAUCGGGGGAGUAUGCCAUGCUGUACCAUGGGGCUCAACAGGGAGCAUUUGACCUAUCGAAGGCUGUCAUGGAGGCUGUCAAGGGGAUGAGAAGAGCGGGAGCAGACAUCAUUAUUACCUACUAUGUGCCUAACAUUCUGGAUUGGAUCAAGAACGUCUAGGAUGGACCGAUGUGACAUAUCAAGCAGCGCAUACAAAUAUAGAUAAUCUUUUAUAUAAAGGUAUAUUUGUUGGUACUUGCAAUAAAAUAUUCUUUAACAUAUUUUCUCCUGCUAAUGAGCGGUUCCUGUGCAAAGUCUAUGGGAAUGGCAGUUUUCGGUAGUCGAUGGAUGAUGGUACUCACUGUUUGCAGUCAUACUUGUACUUACCGAACUUGUAACAGAUUUAUAAUGUUGAGUACCAUAUAAAUGGCAGAGAAAUAUGGUAUGUUCUUUGUUCUGAUCAAUGUUUGUUAUUCCAUUUCAUUCAAACCUGUUCACGAUUUACUUCAAUAAAGUCCACGUUUUCCAUAGACCCCAAGCUGAAGUUAUCUUAGACAUGUGGCUCAUGGGCUGAGCCUUUUUAGGUUCUACAUGUGAUGAAUGACUCCAAACUACAGUUUGAUCUUAAUAUUAUUUGAUCAUCUGUCAUUGUUUUUUAUUGCGUAUUUACCCUUUUUGCAAUUCAAGAUGUUCAAUGAUCUUUUCAUUUGAAUUUUGUUACUUUCAGAUGCAAUGACACAUAUUUGUAACUUGUAUUUAUUGUGUUUUUUUCUGAUGAUUUGGGUAUUUUACCUAACCCUUUUCAAGUUUGGGGUACUAAGGAGACGGUCGCUCCUCUUAUCUGGGAUGUUGUUCCUUAAAACCCAGACUUCAAGCCUCUAUGAUAUAUAUUUUUAUAAACAAUGAUAUUUUUUUAAUUCAUGUGAAUUAAUUAAUAGCAUAUUUUUUCAUGGACCACAUUUGCGAAUAAACCUUAUGCAUUGACGUCAUCGCGCUGCCAUCUUAGAGGCUGUAGCCAUUGCCUUGUAUGCGCUGGUGAUCUGCAGCUGGUGCAUUUCUGACAACUCCGUUUACACAUAUUCCUAUGUCCUCUGAGUGAGGGCGCUAUGAGAUAAUGGUGUCAUAUGCGUAAGGUAUAAAAAGAACAAACCCCCUUAUUCACUUCAGAUUUUAUGUAGUUCAUUUGUAGGUCUUGUUUUGAUAACAUUUUAAUAGGAUUUUAACAUGAAAAUUGUGAAAGUGUUUUAUAUUUCUUUGUUUUUCUUAAUUUCUUAUUAGUUUUGUCUUCAAUUGAUAUUAUUUCAGACGAUUUAACAACCCAAAUUAACUAUAAAUGAAUUGGAUAAACCAAUUGGAAUACUAACAUAGUCAUCACACCCUUUUGUGAUUUCAAGACUGAAGCAAACUCUCAUUUACUUCCUAUACAAAUCAAACAAAAUAUUAUCCACUUUUGGCAUGACAUUGUCUCGCAAACAGUAAUUCCUGCACAAUGAUACACAAAUACGGUAUGUUUUGAAUUUGGUCUAAAAGUCUUUAAAAAUUGCCUAUAAAUGUAUUUUCUCAAAAUUUCCACAUGUAAUUCUACAUGGAUAGUUAUGUAUUGAUGUUUUCAUUAUAAUCCUUUAUUUUUUCAACAUCAAAAAUAUAUAUCUCUUGCUUCUUUUUAAAUAUACUGCCUUUCAAUGUAAUUGUUUAAUAUGUCAUGGCCUUUCAAAUGUCGUUCUAUUGAUUUCUAUCAGUCAUAUUUAUUUGAUGAACCAUGUUAAACCAUUCGCUGAGCAGCAAAGCUUCUUUUAUCUUUCUAUAUUUAUAUACAGGUCGAAAGACAAUAAUUGUUAGAGUAUAUGCCACACACCCUUGAAGAAAAAAUAAAUAGUGUUUUGCAAUAUUGUAUUGUAUUGUUUAAAAACACAAGCAAUCAUAGCUUGGUAACUCCCAAUGAGUGAAAAUGAAGCAAUGACUAUAUCAUAUAAUUGAAAUCCCACUGUAGUGUAAAAUUCUGUCUAAUUUACAUUUUGGAGAGAAAAAAAUCAGGUUAUUUUAUUCUUUUCUUUAAAGCCUAACUUUAGUUUCCUCCCAAAAAGUUUUCACUAUUCCAAUUAUGCCUGCAAUAUGAAUGUUAUGAAAUGAAAACAUAUUUAUAUGGAUGUAUUUUGUGGUUUUACAUGAAAAUUGAUUCACGAAAAUAGCUGCUUAUUUUUUUCUCUAUUUAGGAUGAAAGAAGGAAUGGUCAGAAGAAUUUCGGAUAUAAUACUUUUCAAUCAUUGCUUUUGUAAAAUUCCUUAAUUGGACAUUUAAAUUUUCACAAAGAAUCAGAGGAUCAAAAGAAACUUCAAAAGUAAAUUGAAAUUUUAGAUUAAUCUUGAAUAUAAUUAAUGUUAUUGAACGUCUACCAAAGCUUUAUUCAAUUACGUUGAAUUGAUUUUAGUUGUCUUUGAAAGGAAUUAUGUUGCAUGGAAGAGGAAAAAUGUACAACAAUGUAUUUACCAAUUGGUAACAUACAUGUAUAUUGACUGAAAUAAAUCUUAAUCAUGCAUUCAUA